CCGAAGCUGGCUGAGACCUACUGCGUUUGCCACCUGGCAACUGGGGACAUGCUGCGGGCCAUGGUGGCCUCGGGGUCUGAGCUGGGCAAGCGGCUCAAAGAGACGAUGGAUUCCGGGAAGCUGGUGAGCGACGAGAUGGUGGUGGAGCUGAUCGAGAACAACCUCGACUCUCCUCCCUGCAAGAACGGCUUCCUCCUGGACGGCUUCCCACGCACGGUGAAACAGGCUGAAAUGCUGGAUGAACUCCUGGAGAAGAGGAGGGAGAAGCUGGACUCCGUCAUCGAGUUCAGCAUCCCUGACUCCUUGCUGAUCCGGAGAAUCACCGGACGGCUGAUUCAUCCCGCGAGUGGCCGCUCUUACCACGAGGAGUUCAGACCCCCAAAAGAGCACAUGAAGGACGAUGUCACUGGAGAGCCCCUGAUCCGCCGUUCGGAUGAUAACGAAACAGCCUUGAAAACCCGCCUGAAGGCCUAUCACACGCAGACCUCUCCCCUGGUCUCCUACUACAGCAAGCGAGGGAUCCACGCGGCGGUGGACGCCUCCCAGUCUCCCGACGUGGUGUUUGCUAGCAUCCUGGCAGCCUUCUCAAGAGCAACAUGUAAAGACCUGGUUAUGUUCAUUUAGGGCUCUGUCCCAGGACGGAGCUCUCCCUUUUCUCUCUCUCUGUCUCUCCAUCUCUGUCUCUCUGGGGCCAGGGAGGGUGAAGAGCUAAGCAGGGUAAAAGAGGAAAGGACCAGACACUGCAGCCCGAGGCAGGGCUGUGCUAAUUCACUAUUAAAGAAGCUGUUAACGGUCUCUAUCUCGGUAUAUGUGAACGUCCGUCUGUCUGUGGAUGCUGGAGAUUUGGCCCCUAGGGGUCGCAGCGAGCCCGAGCACCAGCCGCCCGCUGCCAGAAAUGGGUUUUGCACCACUUUGGGUCAAAAACCUUUUGUUUCGUUCCAGAACUGUAGCUCCCUGGAAAGAGCUGUACUUUCAGCUCCUCCUGGCUGCUCCACAGGGAACUAGUGGAAGGUCGGAGAUCAGGACUGAGCAGUGGGGGGAAGGACCUUCCCAGAGCACUGGAUAGGUGCUCUUUGUGGGCUGCAGGAGAUAACACACGCCAACCCCCGUGUUUCGGCUUGGCUGUGCCUGUGAGUGCAGCUGCCCGCUGCCUGGGGCUGGGUCAGAACUUGUUCCUGUUCUGUGUGUUUUAUUCUCUGUGGGAUGGCAGGUUACCUGAGAGCACAGACUGUCUUCCUCCUGAUGGGGCUUGUGGGGCAGAAAGAGGGUGUGUGAGAGCUGAGGGGUUUUCAGGCUCUCCUCAUUUGCAAACCCCAAUAUAGAAAAUAUUAGUGAGAUACUUUUUGCUUUUUUUUUUGUUUGCUUUUAACAAUAUGUAGCCUCUGCUCAGAGUCUGACAGUCACUGUGUGGCAAGCUGGGAUCUCCUGAGAACAAAAAAAGGACUUGGCUUUUAUCUCUUCACUCUUGCCUUGGCUUUGGCCAAGGAGAUGAAGAUGUGUUGAGCUUCUCCUGAUCCCAAAGUCUAAAUAAAGCCUUACUCCAAAACAAAUAAUUUUUUAAGGCCUGAGAGACAGCAUUAUUAACCACUGGCUUCGUGUGCCCUUGAGCCAAUGACUUUCGUUAUGAGAUCAUGGAAAUGUGCUUGUUUCUUGAGCAAAUCAAACAGCUGUGGGGCUGCCCAUUUGAGGACACCAUGUGUGGUGUGGUUAAUGCCCCGGCUUCUCGGGGCUGUUACACUGCUAUACGGUGACCCUGAGAGGCUGGUGAUGACCUUUACCCCUGCAGGAUUCCAGCCCUUCCUAGAGGACCCCUCUGUAAAUGCAGAUUGGCCCAGAUGAAACUUUGUCCUUUGGCCUUUCAUGUAUGUUUACUGAUUUAGUGUUAUUGAGUACCCUCCUGUUUGAAGGAGAUGGCCUCUCUCCCUCCUGUGCGCUGAGCUGCUGUGGGCUGGGCGUCCAGAGCAGAUGCCUAAUCCUCAGGAAUCCUUUGCUUUUUUUCUUGAUAAUUUCUCUUUUGUCGGGAAACCGCUUUCUGUCCUUGUACCUCCUUUCCAGGGAAACAACCUCUUCCCUUCCAGCAAACUGAAAAUAACACCAGGAACUGAAAGCAGUUGACUUGUUGUACUUGAAAGCACGUGACUGCGGGGAGAGAGGGUUUGAAAGUAAACGGUGCUGGUUUCGUCAGCAGCCUGCAGUCCCCUGAGGUCCCCCAGAUGGCCGGUGCCUUGUCAAUUGUCUCUGCUUUUCCUGUGAAGGGGCAGCCCCGGCGCGUGGUGUUAACGUGCUGGGAGGUCGGGAUAAUGUUUAGCAUAGGACUGCUGUGCUCCAGGGAAAUGGAGAGGAAAGUGCAUGUGUUAGAGCUGCUCUGGCAUCUCGGUGACUGUAAAGAAAUUCUGAGUGGAAGGAGCUUUUAUCUUGAGAGAGUCAGAGAGCUGCAGCCCCCUGUGCACUGCUGUAGUGGCCAGUUGGUGUUUCUGGAUUUGGUCAAGUUGUACUCCAUGGCAGGAACAAUUUUCUUUUACUCUACCCGCUUGUGUUUACUUUGCAUCUAGCUCACCAGUCUUUUUCUGCCAUAAACCAUGAUUAAUUUUGAUUUUUUUCCCUAAAUCUAUUUUUUUUCUCUUUGUUCCCAUUUAUUCCAGCUGAGUGACUACGUGAACCAGAUGAAACACCACCAAAUGCUGCAUACUCUGCUACAUCACCCAUUGCAGCCCUCACCUGGGGGCAAGGGAGGCAGGGAGGGGGUUAUGAUUGAUGGGAGGGGGUAAAAGGAGGUGGUAGACAAGGAGCUUGGGGGCUGAUUUGUUUGGGUUUUGUUUGGAUUUCUUAUUCAGCAGAAUCAUUGUGAAGAGGAGAUGGUCUUCUCCUUAGAAAUCACUGUUUGGGGAGGCAAAAACAAUUGUACAGAGUGAAACACCUCUGCCAGCAAUCAGAGGCAGGUCCUUGACCUGUUAGGGUAGGACUAGGUGCUGUUCCAGACUUCUCCAGGACUUUCAGGGCUUGUCUCGUGGGCUCAUAGUACUCUGAGGGCACUGCCAGGUUUGCUGUGAUUAGUUUUCUAAAGUUCCUUCCUGUCAGCGAGGACCAAAAUGAACAAAUGAUUCAUCAUUUCUGAAAUGGAAAGUUAAAAAAAAAAAAGAUGCCAUGGUCUUUUCCUGGAAGUUUUGUUUUUCUUGUUCUGCUGCAUUCCUAAACCCCAGCAUAGAGACUCCUCAACGUUUCUCUGCUGCUGAACAGAGGGGCCGCGGCGCUAGUCCAAGCCUGCCUUACUUGGCAAUGGGGGUGGCUUUUCUGUGAUCUUGACCAAGCUGGAAUUUACACAAAAUGCUGAAGAAAUGCAAAAGAGACUUUCUUAAUUGACUGCAAAAAUAACCCUUAAUUGGGGUUUUUUUGCAUUUCUUUUUAGAUUAAAUGGUGCCUUGUCUAACCUCUGAAUCAAUAAUAAAAUAACCCCUUUACAUUUUGUAUCUG